UUGCGUUUUCGUUCGGUUUUUGGUUUUUUUUUCUGUCAAUGUCGCGUAUUCCAAACCCUGCGCUUGUCGGCUCGGACGAGUUUGUCGAGGACCUUCGCACCUUUCAAUCCCGGCGCAGCAACCCGCCGCUCAAGGUUCCGAAGGCCGGCGGGCACGAGCUGGAUCUGUACAAGCUCUACUUGGCUGUCACCGCGCACGGUGGCUUUGAAUCGGUCACUGGCUUGAAACUAUGGCGAGAGAUUGGCCGCGAAAUCGACCUGCCCGGGACGGUCACCAACUCGCCGUUCGUGCUCAAAAUGUACUACGCCAAACUGCUGAUUGAAUACGAGCUCGUCAACUACUACGGACGACCCAUCGACUCGAUUCCAUGGCAAGACUGGAACAAGCCGCUGCGAGAUGUGAACGACAUUUCGGUCGCCGUGGCGCACGCCACUGGUCGCAUGGCGCCCGUGCCCGGUGGCGCGUACAUGGUGGAGACUCCUCUCGACCCGAUCUCGUUCAUUGACUGGCGAAAGCUCCCGCCAUUCAUGCUGGCGGGCAAUCCGGACGCAGUGGGCCACGCAGUCACCCCGUUGCGCGCGUUCCAGCCUCGCGCCACCAUGGCGACCGCCGUCAGUCGCACCGGUGCUGGCAAUCCCACCUCGGCAUCUGCGGCUGCGUCCGCUGCCACCGCGUCUGCUGCAUUUGUGCUGCCUUCGCCGGCCCACCACCACCACGCUUCCGCGUUGAGCGCAACGGGGUCGCAUGCGGCAGACCGGACACUCUCGCCGCUCCCCGGUCGGCAAACGCCCAAUUCUCACAUUCAACAGCACUUGCAUGGGGAUACCAGCAUGGCAGGCUUUGCUGCAGACGUUAAUGCAGAGUCCUACCACCCGUUCAUUUCCGGCUUUGACGCGCUCCAGGCGCUCGAUCGCUACGCGUUCACCCCGUCGUCCCGCCUCGCCCCGCUGGUCGUGGCGGGCACCAAGGCGUCGACGUCGACUUCGUCGUCGUCGUCGUCGUCGGGCUCUUCGUUGCACAAGCCCAAGCCUCGAUUGUCAUUGCCCCAGCUGGCGCCGCAAGAACAGCAACACGCCCAACAGCAGCUUGUCCAAAACGAUCCUUCGUUCAAGUUUCUUUCGCUCUUUCCCUCCGAUACAAGUGCGCCUGUGGUUGGCUACGAGCAACUGCAUCACCUCGAGAAGAGUGGAUGCCGCAUGCGAGUGCUGCAGGCGCUGCAAUCUACCCUGCCGAACGAAAUCGACUGGGCGUUCAACGUUCUCGUGGUCAUGUCGCAUGACGUGUGUGACGUGACGCUGGACAUCUGUCCAGCGACAGUGCCCGGACUUAUUGAGCUCGUGCUCCAGCAGGUUGAGUUUCUUGUGCAACAAGCGCCCUCGUAUGUCGAUACGAAGCUUGCCGCUCUUGACAAGCUGCGUGCCGCAGGGACUGUCAAAGACGAACCCCCUUCGACCAGCGACACUACUCUUGCUGGCGGUGGUGGUGACAAUGGUGAUGGAGAGAAUAAGCGGCACGAAACGCGGCGGCGACGCAGAGUCCCUUCAGCGGUAGAUGACAUUUCCAGCAGCUUUGCUGACAUUGCCCGAGCCUUUGCGCCAAGUCAAGACUGUCGGGCGGUUCCAUUAACCUCUGGCAGCCGUCGGUGGCGCAGCUCGGACAUGGAGCCUGCUGAUGAGGAGAGUGCACGAAAACGCAUCGCUCUCGCUCGAGAUGACGAUGCGUCGCCACCGCUGCUCACGGCCUCGAGUGUCAGUCCCGCACUGUCUCUUGCCCAGAUGGAGCGGGUAUCGCAGGUGUUGCUCAUUGUGCACAAUUGGGCGCAAGAUGCGCUCAAUAUGACCGCGUUUGGAAACGCGGCCGCCGUAAUUCAACCUUUUCUGGAGCGCUGCAUUCUGUUUGAGCAGCGCCAAGAGUGGAGGCAGCAGGCCUUUGACAUUCUAGUGACUGUUGCCCGCGUUUCGCAGCUGUCAUCUGUCGCUGACAGUGCAACAACAACCAAAGCAAACCCUGGCGGCGACAACUUUUCCGCGUUUCUGAAACGGUAUCUUGUCGACAGUAUCAUGUCCAGCGACCGAUCCCGCGUCUUGUUUGCAUUGGACUGUACUGCGAAUCUUGCGGCGGCUAGCGCGGGCGCCAACACGAAAUUUAUUUUGAACAUUUGCACGGAUCACUUUUUGCGACGCGCCGUCACCCUCUUACUCGUCCCAGACGUCCAAGUGGUCCUGGCAUCCCUCGAAGCUCUCUACCAACUCACGCAACUAGAUCAGUCCAUUAACUCGGCCCUGGCAUACCAUCCCGGCGCCGUGCGACUCCUUGUCACGCUUCUCUCUUUCGAACACGACAUGACCCACGAAGUCUCCAAGCCGCAUACCCACGCCAGCUCUUCCUCCAAUCACGGACGUCUGGCAGCCGAGAAAUACGCGAGCAAAUGGAUCAAAACCCACUUGCGACUCAGUGGGACUUCCAUUUCCGAACCAACUGUCACGCCACAGCAAGUCUAUGCCGAAUACGCCGACCAUUGUCGUCGGCACGACAAGCCGCUCGUGGAUUCGUUCGAGCUUUCCCAAGCUGUUCGCGAUCUUCUAAAGGCCACUGUUACCUUGGCCAUUGGUCCGUCCGGCCACGUUGAACCGUACUUUCUGGGAGUAAAGCGACAUGCUGUACCAUUGCCGAUCGAGAGCAUUGAGCCGCCAGCACACUCUGUGACGGCAAUCGUUGCGGGAGCGGAAUCCCGUGCCAACACGCGACCAGCGUUGAACGCCGUUCACAUGCACAUCUCCCUCGCAGCUAGUGCGCUGGAAUUAGCACCGCAUGCGGCGCACGACAACGCGCCGCUCGAGCCCAUCGCUGCUGGCGUGCGGUUUGCUGCCGGCCUCGUUUUGAAGAAUUUCGUGCUCGAGCCUGCCAACCAUGCCGCGCUCUCCCCUUGCAUUCCCGACAUCGUUGGUCACUGUUUGAAUGACCACCACGUAUCAGGUGUUCUUGCCUCGCUGUUGAGCGACUUUAAUGUGGCUGCGCACUGAUAAUUUGUUGUGUUUGGGCUUUGUUUGUUUUUUUUUUUUUGUUUUGUUUUGUUUGUUUGUUUUUUUCAGUCAC